AGUAAGUGUUGUUGUUGAUGAAAAAGCAGCUUUAAUGUUGUCGUUAUGCUUUUCAUUGUUUAUUUUGUUUUCUUCAACCUAACUACAAUUGUCAAUCAACUAGGAAACAGUUAAUUGAUCAACAAGAUCAACUGGCAUUUUGUACCUUCAAGUGUUUUACCGUUUGUUAACAGUGUUUUUUCAUUUGUAUCUCGCCUAAAUCUCGCCACAUAUUGUACCGUCUUUUACAACAUCUAACAUCUGACAACAAUAGUCAACAAUUAAUCAACAAACCAUCUUUAAUCAAAAUUGUGCACCUUUCAACUCUGUUGUCAACCAGUUGAACCAGCAAUCAGUUUCACUGGAAAAUAAAAGCUAAACUUAGCAAUUCCUUCAUAUCAACAUAACAAAAACAACCUUAAGUGUUUCAAUUGAUUGUUUUACUUUGUCUUUGUAAUUGUGGAUUAUUAUUGAAAGGUAAUUCAAGUUGAAUUUUAAAUCUUGACCAAAUGAUGCCCUUUAUUGGACAAGAUUGGCGUUCCCCUGGUGAACAGUGGGUCAAGACGGAUAAAGGUUCAUGGGAAAGGCUCAAAUUGUUGGAAUCAAAUCGUCUCUUUGCCCGCGACCGAUUCUGUGAUCAAAGUGGUUUCCACAGUUCAGGAGAUUCAUCUGGAGAUUCUGACUCUGAAAAUGAAAGCAAUGGAAGUUCAGAUGGAAGCAGAAUGGAUCUUGAAUCUUGCCUUUCCUCAUCACCACCAAACUCAACGGACACUUCAUUUUCAACAAUUAACCGUGAAGAUAGCUUAUUAAAUUGGCAACCUCCUUAUUGUCAUAUAACCCUUAAAUCAACCAAAGAAGUUGCUGGUUUCAAUACAAUUUCAGAAGCUUUUUAUCGUUUGGAUUUUUGUAAUGCAAUUAGAGACAUACGAAGGUUUAAUUAUAUCUGUAAAUUACUUCAUCUGUUAAUUACUCAAAAUUUAACUUCAUUGAGUGGAGCAGCAACCAAAGUACUUUUCAAUCUACUUGAACAAGUUGCCUGGCAAGUGGCGUCUAAUCAGCAAAAUAUUCAUGUGCUUCAUACUCUACUUCAUGAUCUGAAAAAGAUUAUGAGAAAGUAUUACUGUUGGGGUCGACCUUUGGGAAGUACACUUUUAUGGGAGCAACACUUGCAGACGAUCGAGAAGAUAUGUGAAAUGGCAAACACUAUUGAAAUUAAAGAGCCUGUUAAUGAUGGAAGCAAACGACUAACUGAUCUUCCUGAAGAAUUAAUUCGUGAGAUUUUACUUCGUCUUAGUGAUUAUAAAGAUUUGGUUAAUUCUGGUGAAGCAUAUGAUAUGAUGAAUUGUCUUCUCGAUGAGCAACACAUUUGGAGGCAACUUUGCAAAUAUCAUUUCCCUCGUCAGCAAGUUCGUCAAUUAUCAUUAACCAAAGUAAACUCAGAUGGCAAAGUUAACUGGGAACAGAUUUUCCACAUUCUUAGAAAAAAAUUUGGCCUGAAAGAGGAAUAUGCCGAUUGUUUAUUCUUAUGUCGCCAUUGUCGUUCACUUUUCUGGAAGUCAUUUGGCCAUCCAUGUGUUAUUACCCAAGGAUCUGUAAACGAAAGGGAUAAGGAAAACUCGGAUGAAUCGAGCGAUAAUCUUAGUGAAAAAUAUUUCAUGGUUCCUCAACAUAUUCCUGUUCCUCCUCAAUCGUUUCUAAAAUUUUUCUCUCUCUAGACUCAACUCAAUUGAUAAGUUUAUGAAAAAACUGUAACAACACCAACAAACGAAGCAAAGUGAAAUUGGAAGAAAAACUAGCAAACAAUUAGAUCAACAAUUUACUCUCAAUUAUAUAUCAAAAUGUAAAUUAUCUUAUAAUAUAUUGUUCAACUUCUCCUGUUUCUUGUGACCUCAUUUACUACUAUUGUCAUAAGUAGUAUACUAAUUAAUAAUGCUCUUAUUGAUGA